UAGUAUUAAUAUAAGUGGUCUGAUAAUAAAUAUGAGACUCAUACAUGUUUCACCUCCCCUCAAACUCCCUGUCGAAAAAUAAAAAUGUGAAGCGAUGCGUAACCUUACCGGGGAAGCCCUUUUUUAUCUCUCAGUUGUUCUCUAUCCCUUUAAGAGUGAAGGCACCUGUUCCCAUUGUCGCUGUUGCCCAGACGAUAUCGGUGUGACGUGCCGGGUGAUAUCACUUGGCAGUAUCCUUGCCCCCUCCAUGAGACGUCAGUGUUGUGAGUAUAAAAGAUAACCACGCCCCUUGCAGGGAGAUUCUCACUCAGCGGGCCGUGUGUUAGAGGCAAGCGGGCUCCGCUGGCAGUACGCAGCGGCGGCUGGGCAGCAGGCGGUGUGAGCGAGACGAACCCUUUACAUGGUUUUCAACGUUAGGAUUACACGACAUCUGACAGACAUGUCGCGGCAUCAGAGGACACCAUCUAGGAGCCUUGACAACGUUAUUGAGGUCAAAAGCAAAUUCAAUGCAGAAUUUAGAAGAUUUGCUUUGAAGAGGUCAAAUGUUGGGGGAUUUCAGGAGUUUUACCGGCUAAUUCAGUCAAUUCAUCAGAUUCCCUGUGUGGAUGUUCUGCUUGGAUAUACAGACAUUCAUGGAGAUUUGCUACCUAUUAACAAUGAUGACAACUACAACAAAGCCUUAUCUUCAGCCAAUCCGCUUCUCCGGAUUAUUAUACAGAAGAGAGCUGAAGCAGACAUAGGACUUUUCCCAUAUGGAUCUCUCCCACGUAAAAAGAAGGGGCUUCAUGGCCUUCGUCCGGUUCACAAGUCAAAGCCACACCUUCCUAUCGGAUUACCGCAAGACUUCAGACAGAUCUCUUCCAUUAUUGAUGUAGAUAUUCUUCCAGAGACACAUCGUCGUGUCCGUUUACACAAACAUGGCACUGAUAUGCCUUUAGGCUUUUACAUUCGAGAUGGAGUAAGUGUGCGGGUCACACCCCAAGGAUUGGAGAAGGUGCCAGGUGUCUUCAUAUCCCGAUUGGUUAAAGGUGGGCUAGCUGAGAGUACAGGCCUACUAGCUGUUAAUGAUGAAAUCUUGGAGGUAAAUGGCAUUGAUGUUGUGGGAAAAUCCCUGGAUCAAGUGACGGACAUGAUGGUGGCUAAUAGCCACAAUUUGAUUGUAACUGUGAAGCCAGCAAAUCAACGGAACAAUGUGGUACGUAGUAGUAAGGCAUCAGGCAGUUCUGGUUUCUCAAGUGACUCAACUCCCAGUCCAGCCUCCCAUUAUAUCAGUAACUGCAGUACACAUGAAGGAGAGAGUGAUGAUGAGGGCGACUUGAUCAUUGAAAAUGACAGCUUACCACCUUACCUAGCAUCAGGUUUUGUGGACGGUGACCAUCAGAGUCUCCUUCAGCACUUUCAGCAAAGUUUGUCACUUCAUAGUUCACUCUCUGACAGCAAAGCCUCACUGAGCUCCACAAACACUCACAAUGGAAGCCCCAGCAAAUUUAGCACCAGUCAGGAGAGUAUGAGAGAAGAUGGCAAUAUUCUUACCCUCUAACACACUGGAUUGUCAUGCCUGAAAAGAAAGACUGACUGUGCCCUUUUUAGGAGGUUGCAUUGAGAUGACCUGUUCUGUCAAAGCUAGAGAAUACAUGAAACAGUUUUUUGUCUCUUCCAAAAUAAGAAAACUUAAUCAACAACCAGAAUAUUUAAACCCCAAAAUGAAUGGCUUGUUAAUUUUUGGGGAUGCAUCCUUGAAGGACUACAAGAGAAAUGUUUUAGUCCUUCAACAAUCAUGAUUGGUGUCCUAACAUCAUUUUUUUUUUUUUUUGGACUAUUCACAAACAAAUUAUUGUCAAAGUGGUGAUAAUGAUUUGGGGAGACUACAAGAAACCUUGAGUUCUAAAUAUUUGUACUUGAUACUGUUCUGUGGGGUUUUAUUUCUUUUCUCCAGCCAGACAAGACCACUAGUGACUAAGCCUUAAUUUUGAUUGUACAGCCAUUCUGUAAACCGGUUUGACACCAUUGCUUUUAUUUUAGUUAAAGUUAGGCUAAGUUAUAGACAGAUGAAGCAUCUCUGACAUAUAAAUCACUACUAAUAUUAAUCUAUAGUACUCUGACCAACAUUUACGUAAGUCUGUACUUGUCCCUGUCUUACACCAAAGGCUGCUGGGAUAUAGGCCCUGAUUCCCUGUGUAUGUCUGUAAUGGAAAAUGCUUGCCAGGUAAAUGAAUAUGUAAAUGCACACACAGUAUGUGUGCUUACUCAAGCAAACUGGAUAGGCUUUUAUCUUAGCUGUAGAAUGCAAAUUAUGCCCCACAGUUUUAUUAUAUUUAUGAAAAUGUUUUGUCCUGUAUAUUGUCAUUGAUAUAUAUUCCUUUUAUUAGGUACAGUAUAUUCUAUAUAUUUAUACGUGUAAAAUAACAAACAUAAUAACUGGCACUACCAUCAUAGAUAGUCUUAGCUCAUUCAUAUACUUAUUGCUUUAUUCUAAUCUAUUGGCGUGGUUUGAAUUUGAGAAAUAAUAAAAGAAAGCACACAAAUAAUUGGCACGCUAGUCUUCUUUAUAAUGUUUUCCCACUGCUCAGCUAUAACUUAGUCAAGUUUGAUUUAGGUUCAAACACCCACAUUUCAAGACGAAAUGUUAUUUUUAUAUUCAUAUUCCGACAAUAAUUCAUUAAAUCUUGAUUUAAUAUUAAUUUCUAUGAUCAUCAUUUUAAUUAUGCCUUUUGCUUGCUGAAUGCCCAAAAUAAGAACAAUAUCUAAAAUGCUAUUUGAUAUUAAAACUGAAUUUGGAGAUUUUUUCAAAGAUUUCUUGAUGCUGAUUAAUUAUUUGCAGUUUCUUUUCAUUUUAAUGGUUUAAUAUUAUACAUUUUCUAAUAGUUUGAGAUAGGUGCCGGUUCCAGGAUUACACAAAUACAGUAUGAAGACAUUUCCUUGUUUAAGAAUGCAUAUAUAAAAUAUUAUAACAGACAGCCUUCGUGUAAUACCCUAACUCUGCUUUACAAAGUUUUGUGCUACUUGUCUUUUAUAAAGGGCAUGUGGCUUUAAUUUCUAGAAAUCCCUGGGCAUUACCAUGUCAUGACCCUUAGCAAGCAUAUGAGCACAACUGCCCCAAGAAACCCCCCUUCCAGUCUAUAUUCUCACAAUGUAGGGCUUUCUUUGAAUAGGUUGUCCAAUUUAGCUUUUUCUCUGUUUCUGUCAACCUUGACAAAAGAAAAUUUAAUAUAUAUAGAAAACAUAAUUUAGUGUUUUAUUCCUGGUUGAAAGGCAAAGACAGUCUGAUAUAAAGUGAUUUGCAUGUCAGAGAUAACUGCUAGGCCACUAACGUCUUUUUUCAGAGAUAUAUGAAUUGUUUCUGAAAUAAGGUUAUAGUUUUUAAAGUGUUAGACAGGAUAAUACUAAUGUACUGCAAAUAUGGAAAAAAAAGGCUGUGCUACUUUAAAGUAAAGGAAACAAUGCUCUAUGCAGAGGGGUUCAUCCUGCAAAACAGUGAGGUUUACUGUUAUUCCCUGUUCAUUAACAUUACAAAGGACCUACAAUACAGUAAAACGUUUAACAUAAUUGUGGACAUCACAAGGUGUAUAUGAGACAUUUUCUGACUGACAGUUUGAAUUUCAGCAUUUGUGUUGUAUUUGUUAGAAGGGCUGGACAAAAUGGCCUGCAAAGCACUUUCUGUCAUUCCAGAUCUUACCAAGAAUUUUAUUUGCUACCUCUUUUUACUCACAAGGAUCAGGUAAGGUGUAUGUUACAGCCUCUGAAAUACUGUAUGUGAGGCCUUCUUACAAUGGAUGUUGGCUUCAAAUGGUACACUGCACUGCAAAAAAGUAUUUUGCACAAGUUUUAAAUGGAAGCUUUUGCACCAUUUUUUCUUUGGUUCAAGUGUAUGGGCACAUUACAAAUCUCAAAAUGUAAGUGACAUUUGAAUACACUUAUAGAUAAAAUCCUUAACAAGGACAAAUACAGCUGCUGAUGUGUACUCCUGUUUAAAGAAGAAUUUUAAUGAAGGAAUAUAUUUUUUUUGUUCAUCAAAAUAUUUUUUUGUUUAUAACUGGAACCUCGACUAUCUGAUCCUAUUUUUUGUUUCUCCUUUGCAAAUUUCCAACCACUUUUUUCAUGUUGUAAUUACUGAUUGGUGAAAGCUUUGUCAAAACUGGCUUUAUACACUGCUGUCUCAUGAGUUGUUCAUGCAAAAGAAACAUUUUAGACUACCAGUACAGACUUUCUGUUGCCAGUUGCCUAAUAUGAGUUUCCCUAAAUUAGUGCGGAGUUGAAAUCCAAUAUAAAAACAUAAUCUUGCAUUAGAUUUACACAAGAGUGCUGCUGCUUUGUAGAUAUUUGAUUCUGGGUUAAAAAUUUUCCCCAUUCACCCCCAAAUGGAGUUUGCACAUUAAAUCCAUUUUCCCAUUGUUUUCUCUGCAACAGCUCGAUUUUCCUCCUCUUUCACUCCAAUGAUAUGUGUAUGUUGUUAAUAUUACCCUGUGAUGGAAAGGCAUCCUGUCUAACGUUGGCUUAGAAAAUGAAUAUUUGCAUGAUGCACAUGUGUAUUCUGAGUGACUUGCAAGGCAAUAAAAAUGCCCAAUUUAUAUACACACAACUGAUGGCAAGACUUUCAAGAACUUGACACUUUUCAUACAGUUUGAACCUUAGAUGGAAAGUUAUAAUGAUAAGCCUUGGGACUGUUUGUAUGUAUGUGUCUACCUUUUGAAUGUUUCUUUCCAUCAAAACACGAACUGUGCAGCACGUGGGUGGACAACAGCUAUUCAUUUGCUGGACAGUUUUUGUUUUUUCUUGGUUUUGUCCUAAAAUCGAUCUGAGAGCUUCCAUCGGUGUAUAAAUAGAUAAAAAGUUAAUUGGGCUUAGGGUUAUUGGUUUGGACUUGACUCUGGUUAGCAGCCAAAUACUAAAUUGAAUUUUUAAAUGAUUUGUUUAAUUUUCGAGUCAAAGUUUUGUAUUAUAAUGUUAAUAAUUUUUAACUUGUGCAGUACAGAUGUAAGUAAUGUUUAACCUUGAAGCCAUUACAGUUUGAGCAAAACCUAUCCAUUACUUCCAGCCUUCAAAUUCCCCACUUUGAUUUACUGUAUUUCCACAAAGGUUUGGCCAACAUGAGACUUGUACUGGCUAGUCAAUCUUGUUUUUUAUUAUUAAAAACCAGACCUCUAGGUGAUAUCGUUAUGGGGCUCAUUGGAAGAAUACAUUUAGAGACUUUGCUAAAAAAGCACAAUUGCAUACUUAUGUGAGGUGAUAUACUGAUGUUCUUGUUUUUAUUUGUAACUAUGAGUUUUACAUUUGCACAUACUGGAGUAUGUCACUGGAUCUCAUUUACAUUAUUUUUUUCUGCAUUCGUCAAAUUGUUUUGUUUUUUUCACCAAGAUUGUUUAAUUAUCAGUAAAUAAUCAGAUUCUCAGUUCCUAUAAUAUUUACAAGUUUUUCCAACUUUAUAACGCAUUUAUAACUAAGAAAAGUCACCAUGCCCUUGACUGUAAACACAGGGCUCUUAAGACCUGUCCUUUUGGGUACUUGAAAUGAUUUGUUUGGAGGGACCAUGCUAAUUUAGUGAUACAACAUCCACCAGAUUUAAGAAAAGCUAUUGGGAGUGCAAGACAGGACAUAGGCAGACACUUUAUAAAGGUUCAAAAUGUUAACUUUGCUUCUGAAGAGACUCUGUAAAAAAAUGCCAUACUGUGCAGUGUAUCUGCAAUAUUAUAAACUGUGACUUGUCAUAAUACACACAAUAUUUAACAUAUUCUAACACAAAUGUUGAGGCGAGUCAAGAAUAUAACUCUUUAUUUUCUUUUUACUGUUAUGUCUCCAUUUAGAAACCCAGAGUAUGAUCAACUGUUAUGUAACAUAAGAGAUAUCUAGGGAAGUGGUACAGACUAAACAGUUUACAUCAGCUAUCUUAAUCUUGCUUUUUGCUGUAUCUUUAUUUUGCUGAAACUGCAAUGAAAUGCAUAAUACGCUGUAUAAUGUAGUUCAGAUAUGAAGCAUAUCAUGUUUCAAUUUCUUUUUUCCUUUUUGAAAAAUUGGGUAUGAAGGUUUAGUAUAUCAUAGGGGUAGAACUCUUGAAUUUCCUCCUGCCCCGUUAUAUAAUUUACAACCAUCUAAUUCUGUCUGAAGUUUAAAUAAUGCUUGUUUUAGCACAGCUGUCUGCUUAAUGCAGGGGUUCUCCAUUCCAGUCCUGGGUAGUUCCACUGGUUUCAAGUCAUCGUCCCAAUCAAUUUCUGUGAUUUUUUUUUUUUUUUUUGUUUCCCUAAUUCUGAGAUUAAGUAAAUUCUGGCUUACUAGUUUCUGUGAUUCCCAGAUGUUAGAGGGACUCAAUCUCAGUCCUGGGUGAGCAUGGUAGUUUCAGGUUUACAUUGCAAACAGUCAGUUGAAGAUGAUUGAGGACAUUGCUUGUAGUGAAAAUCUUUAUUUUGGGACUGAGAUGCCGAUACUGAGCUACUCUGGCUUAAAACAUAAUGUGGUCUUUACCCAGCCUCUUGACAUCAGCCGUAGGCCUUGUCUUGAUACUCCAUACUUGUAUGAUCUAUUAGAACAUGCAGAAAUUCUUAAAUGGCUUACAUAAAAGACAUUUGUGUUGUGGCUGUGAUGCUUGUGUCCUUGGUCCGUUUGCCAUUAAUUCAGAUUGUGGAAGUACCAACAACAAGUAUGCUAAACAGCAGGAUUCUUCCUGUUAUGUGCUGCAUAGGACAUAGAAAUAAAGAAAUGGUUCUUGAUAAUAAAUUUGCUUAAACUAAUUGCAGAGAGACCUGUGGGUUACACUGAGCACCAAAUAAAAAAUGUUUUAAAAUAUGAUUUAUUGAUCUUAAGCCUAACUUAGCGGACUUUUAACUUCCACAUUUCCAAGCUUAGCUGAUUAUGUAAAUUUGACUUGUCUUCAAAACAUUUACUUUUGAUGGUGUAAAGGGUAUAUUUUAUAGAGUCACAAGCUACUGUCAUUGCAUCCACAGUUCACAUUAAGAGAGCUCAAUGGGCAAUUUUAAUAAAUAAAAAGUUGGGCACAGAAUCCAGUCUACAUGACAGAGGGUUGGUACUCUUCAGGCUGACAAAGAGACACACUAAUCCUCAGAACUUGAUGUCAAACACGCUCAAAUCUUUAACUGAGGCUUGUCUUAAGCCCGACUUGUAUUUAACUAUAGACUUUUUUUAGUUAAACGUACAUUAUGUAUGUGUACAAAACAAUGAAGGGAAAUUUUUAUUACCAUGGGAGAUUUUCUAUAAGAUGUUUUAUAUAUUAAAAUAUGGACAGUAUUUUUUCAUAUUCUUGUACUUUUUUGUAUAUGAGAAUUCCUUGACGUCUCUGUAUCCAUCAUGAUUUGGAGGGAUAGGAGGGGAAAUCAAGACAAAUUUAUAAUAUAUUACUGAAUCAAAGGGUUCUGGGUGUAAAAUACUGUGAAUGUUAUACAUGUAACCUGAUUAUAAAAUAUUAUCUAAGAAAAUAAAGAUGAUGCUUAAA